AUGACCACUACAACAUCAGACUCCGAGCCCGUCGCCCCUGGUCCAUUCCGCGCUAAGGACCUCGAGCACAGCACCUCUGCAUUUCGGUGUAUAUCCGAAGCCCAUCAUGGGCAAUCCGGCUCAAGUCUGGAGUGGAACAAUCUUACGUUCAAGAUCGGUGACAAGACUAUCCUUAAAGACUGCACUGGUCUGCUCAAGCCAGGGGAGCUCACAGCAGUGUUAGGCCCCUCGGGGUCGGGCAAAUCUACGUUGAUGAACGUCCUUGGUGGUCGUCAACGGGCCAAGGGCAACGGGAAGUCCUUCGAAGGAGCGGUGUCCUUCUCCGGUCAAGUCGACGAGCCCGUAAGGUUCCGUAGCCGCAUUGCCUAUGUGAUGCAAGACGAUUCGCUCAUCGCGACGAGUACCCCUCGGGAGAUCCUCGAGUUCUCCGCCCGGCUGCGCUUGGGUGCUAAGCAGAACAUGACCAAGGAUGAGGUUAAAUGCCUUGUUCAGGAUCUUAUUGAGUCAUUGCGUCUCACAUCAUGCUCGGAGACUCUUGUUGGCAACGAGCUUAUCAAGGGCAUUUCUGGUGGCGAGAGAAAGCGCACCUCGGUUGGUGUGGAGUUGAUCACUAAGCCUGACAUGAUCUUCCUCGAUGAGCCUCUCUCGGGUUUGGACUCGUACGCUGCCUUCACUACUGUUACGGUCCUCAAGGAGCUGGCCGAGUCCGGCGUUCCAGUUAUGAUUACUGUUCACCAGCCGUCUAGUGAGAUCUACCAGCUCUUCGAUAACGUCAUGAUUUUAUCCGCUGGGGAGAUGGUCUACUAUGGGAAGACCAGUAAAGUCACAGAAUUCUUCGACGUGCAUGGGGGCCUACGGUGUCCGUCCAACUUCAACCCUGCGGACUUCGUGCUCUUCGUACUGCAGACGGAACCGCAAGAAACUAUCCAAAAGUUGGUAUCAGCGUACAAGAAGAAUGCUGAGGAGAAUAUCGUACCUGCUAUCAACAGCAUCCGACAGACGCACAAGGAACUCGCUAUUGAUACGACUGGUCCUGGUCGGGCCAGCAUGAUGGUCCAAUUCCGAGAGCUUCUCUAUAGGGAGAUACAGGGUACAAUGAGAAACCCUGUGGUCCUUAUUAUGCGGUAUAUGAUACUUCUGGUUCUCGGUCUGACGUUCGCCCUCAUCUUUUUUGACGUUGGUGAGAGCAGAGAUCAAGACUAUUGGCUCGGCAACGCUGCUGUGUUCCAGAGCUAUUUCGGUGCCAUUGUCGCUCUCAACAUUAUGGCCAUGAUGGGAUCUGCUCAGACCGCCGUCCUAGCCUACCCGGCUCAGCGAGGUAUCUUCUUACGUGAGUAUGCGUCGAACAUGUACUCCGCCGUGCCCUAUGUUGCAUCUAAGACCUUGGUUGAGCUCCCACUGUCGUUCGCCGACUCGCUCUUCUUGAUGAUAAUAACCUAUUGGUUGAUGAACCUCCAAGGCAACUUUAUUCUGUGGGUGCUCACUUUAUGGCUGGUGAAUCUGUGCGCUUCGUCUCUGGCCCAAGUCCUCGGCGCCUCCUGUAAUUCAGCAGCUCAGGCUAUUCAAGUCCUACCCCUACUAACAGUGCCACAGAUCCUAUUCGGUGGUAUUUUCACUCCGAUCGAGAACAUACCAGUGUGGCUUCGCUGGUUGCAGUACGUAUGCUUUCUGAAAUACGGUGUAAAUAUCGCAUAUUUGAUUGAAUUCGGUGACGAUUUUGACGUUAUCAAUGAUCAACAAAAUAUUGAUCCUGACCUCAUUGGUCUCUAUUUGGGUGUCACAUUUGGUCUUCUUGUUGUAAUGAGAGUAACAUCUAUUAUUAUUCUGAAGAAGAAAGCGAAGUUCGUUUUCUAA